AUGGAUUGUGCAGAAACAGCUGUUAAACUCAAAAUAUAUGCCAAAAAAUACAUCGAGACGUUUGAAGAGAAUACGAUGGACAAGAUUGGCGCUGAGGCAUUGCGGAAGAAAAAACUUCAUAAAGAAAGUGCCAAUCAUUCUACGAAUAAUAUUCUACUUGAUGUAUUUGCUACUGUGGACUACGAUCAGCGCUGUAAACAAUCACAUUUAUCGUUAACUCUACCAAGUGCUUCAGCUGACACAAAUGUUACCAUUUCUCAAGACAUGUUAUCACAAACCUGA